AAAUUUUCCUUGAAAAUGUGCCGCGAAUUCUAAUAGCGUUGGCCCCUACACUCGAUAGUCGAAUGUAGGAACUAGGAUUAGAGAAAGAGAUAGCAGCAAUUAGCAGGCUUCUUCCGAUUUCUUUGUCCGGCCGGCCGCUGAUAUGAGUCGGAAGAGAGACACCCGAUAUGCAUCUUCCUCUCUCCCGAAGCGGCGUCGCCCCAUGCCUUCCCCCUCCAAAGAACCCGACACUGUGAAGCCGACAUCAGCGGCCGUUGUGGUAACGGGACUCGGCUCUGAUUGCUCCGUCCUCGACCUCAAAUCACGAUUCGAGAUGUAUGGUUCCAUUUCUCGCCUCCGUAUUGACCGUGGUGGAGUUGGCUAUAUCACCUUCCGUUCCAAGGAAUCCGCCCAGUCUGCUAUUAACGCUUCCCUCGAUCCCUCCUUCGGUAUCAUCGUGGAUUCCCAUAAGGUCCAGGUUUCGUGGGCAGAUGAUCCUCUUCCUCAGUGGAGGGAAGGAAUUGGGCUCUCUUCUAGCAAGGAGCGGUCCUCAUCCAAGUUGCUGCGAGCAGAAGUACCUCUAAGGAGACAUGGCAGAGGUAAUAGGCUAAGUACAGGAGGUUCAAUAAAGCCUGGAAUUGGGUUAGACUUGCCUUUCAAAGGCCGGGAAAUUGUUGCCUAUGAUGAUCUUCUCUAACUUGCAAAGAAUUUGAAGGGCUCCUUUCUUCCAUUACAAAUACGAAUCCUGCUCAAGGUAUGGAGAGGAAUUAAAUUAUACUUGGGCCCGCUGCUGCUGCAAUGGUGGGACCAUUUCAGAACUAGAAAAGCAUUUGGUUGUGAGUGUGACAUCAAAUUUUGUUUUCCCAACUCUUGAAGGCGUUUAAUGUCUGGUUAGUAUCUCUUGUUUGGCGAGUUAGUUGGGUAAAUAUCCGAAGCCAUCUUUUAUGCGUUUGGCUUCUGAUGCAUCAGUUUGUUCUUCAUCUUUCACUCUCUUUCUUUGGAUCUGAUUCUGUAUUCUAUUAGAUAUAUUGAGUAGAGAUGCUAUUGUACUCAAUGUAGUAAGGGAAUGGGCUGUUGUCUACUUGAGUUGUUUCCUUUUUCUUA